CAAUGGCCUCAGAAACGCUCAUGGAGGAGCCCAUGUGCCUCAUUCAGAACAGCACCAGGGGGGCCCUGCAGGUGAACCCCCAGGCUGUGAAGAUCCUGGAAGGCAUCACCCAGCCAGUGGUGGUGGUGGCCAAUGUGGGGCUGUCCCACACGGGCAAAUCCUACCUCAUGAACUCCUUGGCUGGCAAGAGAAAAGGGUUCUCGCUGGGCUCCACAAUCCAGUCACACAUCAAAGGCAUCUGGAUGUGGUGUGUGCCCCACCCUGGAAAACCUGAUCACACCCUGGUGCUGCUGGACACCGAAGGGCUGGGGGAUGUGGAGAAGGGUGACCCGAAGCGUGACCCCUGGAUCUUCACACUGGCCGUCCUGCUGAGCAGCACCCUGGUGUACAACAGCAAAGGCACCAUUGACCAGGACUGCAUGAAUAAGCUGCACUUCGUGUCUGAGCUCUCUGAGCACAUAAAGAUGAAAGCAGAUAAGGGGGAGGAGGAGGAUUCUGCUCUCGACACAGAGUACAUCAGCUUCUUCCCAAACUUCAUCUGGACCGUGCAGGACUUCACCCUUGAUCUGGAGAUUGAUGGGAAGGCGGUGACGGAGGAUGAGUAUCUGGAGAGAGCGCUGAUGCUGAAGAAGGGCCGGAGCAGGGAGGUGAUGGAGUACAACCUCCCGCGUCAGUGCAUCCGUGAUUACUUCCCCACACGCAAGUGCUUCAUAUUUAUCAGGCCGGCCAGCGAAAGGGACAUGAAGCAGCUGGAGUCGCUCUCUGACAGCGCCCUACAGCCCGAGUUCCUGGAGCAGAGCAAAAGAUUCUGCCAGUACGUUCUCCGGGAGUCGAAAGUGAAGAUGCUAAAAGGAGGGCACCACAUCAAUGGGCGAAUGUUUGGCAUGUUAGCCCAGAGCUACGUGGACACCAUCAUCAGUGGGAAGGUGCCCUGCCUGGAGAAUGCAGUGACCACCCUGGCCACCAAGGAGAAUGAAGCUGCCAUCAGGGAGGGUCUGGCUUACUACGUGGCCCAGAUGGAGGAACGGGUCAAGUUCCCGGCGGAGAAUAAGAUAAAUGAACACUACGGGACUGUGCUGAGCAAGAACAAAAUCACUUCCCAAGAGAUCUGCCAGACCCUGCUCUCCCAGCUGUCAGCUGACAUGGAGAAAAAGCUCAGAGAUGGGGUUUACAUGCAGCCUGGUGGGCAUGAGGUGUAUGUGAAAGACCAGAAACAAGUGGUGGAGAGUUUCCAGAGGACACCCAACAAAGGAGUCAUGGCAGAGCAGGUACUGGAGCAGUUCAUGGACAGUAAGACGGCAGAAGCAGCCACCAUUGUCACGGCUGACAAAAUGCUGACAGAUUUACAAAAGCGCCUGGCGGCUGAGCAGGCAAGAGUGGAGCGGCUGGAGCAGCAGCGCAAGGCAGAGGAGGAGAGAAGUCAGCAGCUGGAGCAGCAGAUGAGGGACCUGAAACGCAGCCACCAGGAGAACAUUAGACAGAUGGAAGCCAAGAUGGAGGAGGAGAUC